AUGCCUCGAGGUUUUUUGGUGAAGCGUAACCGGCGCAGUCCGGGCUCGUACCGGAGCAGAAAACUCCCCACAGCUUUAGAGAGUCCAGACAAGAGUGAGCGCAUCCACGCAGAACCACAGUCCCCCGUGCGCCAUGAGGAGGGUGCGUGCGUGUGGAGCCCGCACUUAGAGCCCGCACUGGAGGCUGAGGUGGACGAGCGCGCUCAGCUCCCGGACUCAGAGGACCGGGGACAGUACUCGGUGAGUCCAGAGUCCACGCGGCUUUUCCCGCCUCUAGCCUCACGGGACGGCUCGUGCAUGCCCGUAACUCCGGUGGGCACGCGGGUCCUGGAUCAGCACGCUGAAGAUGAGGGAGACUCUCCACUUUUCCGCGGGAGAUGUGCGAGUCCAGAGCUGCCGUUUCUCCUCAGCUCCACUCCCGCCUUAGUGCCGUUCCCUCGCGCCAGCCCCUACAGCCACGAGCCCAACAUGCACGCGCACCUCUACACAUCCCUCUCUAUGCUCAACGAAGGGCACCACGGAGUGAGAAAGCGCUCCCCCGACCGGAGACCGAAUAAGGCUGGCGUCACAAAGAAACCCAAAAUCCACCGCAAGCUCCACUUUGAAGAUGAAGUAACAACGUCUCCAGUUUUAGGGCUGCGCAUCAAGAAAGAAGCCCCGGACUCCAGGGCGCAGCGGGAGCGGUCCCUGAAGCAGCCGCUGGGUGAGUUCAUCUGUCAGCUCUGUAAAGAGGAGUACCGCGACCCCUUCUCUCUGGCGCAGCACAAGUGCUCUCGCAUCGUGCGUGUGGAGUACCGCUGUCCUGAGUGUGACAAAGUUUUCAGCUGCCCCGCGAACUUGGCUUCCCACCGACGGUGGCACAAGCCGCGGCCUGUGACGGGUCAGGUCCCGGAGGGUCAGACGAAGAGCCAGCCCCGGGGGCUCUCACUGCAGACGGACGGGAAAGAGAACGAGCUGCUACGGAUAGAUGCAUCAGAUAGCUCCCGCACAGAGAGCAUGGGCCCCCCGCUCAAUAUCCCCUCCCACUACCGGACGCACACGGAGGCACAGCACGUGCGAGCCGCGGACAGCCCCGCUGCGAGCCUGGCCUUACAGUUUGUGCAGAGUUUACAAGAAGAAGAGCUUUAUGAGUGUCGCUGCUGCGGGAAGAAGUUUCGGCGUCAGGCGUACCUGAAGAAGCACCUGGCCGCGCACGAACCUCCUCUGAGCGCGUACACCCAGCCCCGGGACAGGCACGUGUUCGUGUGCCACAUCUGCGGGGCUCGAUUCCCGAGCGCCGAGAUCCGGGACAAGCACCGAGUGUGGCACAGUAUGAGAGGGGAGCUGUUAGCGGCAGGCGCGGCUGGAGACAUGUUCCACCCGCACAGAGACGCGGACAGCGGCAGAGACACAGAGCUACCGGAACCUCAGCACCUGUUCUCCGGUAAACAGUGCGCGUCCACGUUCUUCAGCGCCUCCGGACUCACGCACAUCCACAAGAGUCCGAGCGCUGAGGAGCGGCACGUCAUGCUGCUGCAGAUGAGCGUGCGGCCGUGA